CUCUCACAUCUCCUCCUCUCUGCUCGGGUUGUCUCAUUAGUUAAAUAAAAGUCUGGCAAAUUUCUGCCCAAUGCGCGCGCGCUGAUGUGACAUAAUGGAACGUGCCAGCCUAGAAAAGCUCGAGGCUGUGCGCGCAGGCGUGCAGUUCACCCAGAUCCUGCUCGAGACCAGAAGACCGGGCUCAGUAAAGAUAUUCUAAUCAAACAGAUCGUUGUUUCCACUCCUGUUCUUCCCGUGAGGUGAUGGGCAAAGCACCGCUGUGAGGGAGCGCCGCGUAGUUCGACUUAUUGUUUUAUUCACGGAAAUAAUGAUGAAGAAGGAUAUUAACUUGAGCCUGGCGGACGACGCAGACCUCAAGCCGCAUCUCCGCGACGCCGAGAGCCUCCUCAGCUCCCCGGACCUGGGGCUGCUCAAACUGGCCUCCCCGGAGCUGGAGAGGCUGAUCAUCCAGUCCAACGGAAUGGUCACAACGACACCGACGAUCCCCCAGUUCCUCUACCCGAAGACGGUGACGGACGAGCAGGAGUUCGCGGAGGGCUUCGUGAAGGCACUGGAGGAUUUGCACAAGCAGAAUCAGCUCAGCGGAGCCGGGCAGACGAACAGCAGCCUGGAGCUGUGCGCUAACCUCGGCCCGGUCCCCGUGCAGCCGGAUCUACCGGUGUACACCAACUUGAACAGUUACGGUAGCGGGACACUGGAAACCACCGUCAACUACUCCACGGACACGGUCCCGUUCCCACCGCCUCCGUCGCAUCAUUUGGGGGCAGCCCCGCCGCAGCCAGAGCCGUCUCGGGUCCAGCCGCUGAAGGAGGAGCCUCAGACGGUGCCCGACGUCCAGAGCUUCGGGGAGAGCCCCCCGCUGUCCCCCAUCGACAUCGAUAUCGACAUCGACAUCGACAUCGACUCACAUGACAACGUGAAAGCCGAGAGAAAGAGGCUCAGGAACCGGAUCGCAGCCUCCAAGUGUCGGAUGCGCAAACUGGAGCGGAUCUCCAGGCUGGAGGACAAGGUCAAGUCGCUGAAGAACCACAAUACGGAUCUGACCUCGACGGCGAACCUGCUCAGGGACCAGGUGGCCCACCUGAAACAGAGAGUCCUCACCCACGUCAACAGCGGCUGCCAGGUGCUGCCACACGAAGUUCAAGUGCACUAGAAACGGACCUGAAGUUGGGCUACUGACCAGCAAAUAAGCUUUACGGACUUAAUUCGUGUUCGUCGCCCAGAUGUGUGCUGAAUGAAUGAAUGCCAGGCCAGAGGCCACUUUGUACAUUAAUGAAAGACACAAGACAAUUAUACCGGGUAGAACACAAUUGAAGAUGAUGAGAGGGAUGAGACUGUGAUCGAACAGACAUUUUGAUUUGUGAAGCAAAUUUUAGGAUCCACAUUGCUCCACAUGCGCCUCCAAUCAGAGUUAAUCGUGGAAUUUUAAAACUAUUGUUCAUAGACUUUUUGCAUAUGACGAAAUUAAGAGAGUUAUCCUUUCCGUAUGUUUGAUGAAAUCCUGUUAUAUCUCGUGCAUAUGUGUGCUAGUGAACAAGGCAGCAUUACACUGCAGUGUUUAUUGGCUCUCCUGAUAAAGGAAAUGCUCAACUUUAUUGACAGAAAGCACAUCAUUCAAUUUUUUCUAUGUAAAAAUGUUAACAGACUAGCUGUGUGUAUAUAUAGUCUCAAACCUGGGCCAAACAAUAGUUCUACAGUAAUAUUAAUAUAAUAC